AAUCAUGGGGGUGGGCGGAGCUGGCAGGCUUAAAGAUGGGUAAGGGGCAGCUGGGUCGGCGUUCCUGAUAGUCUCCCACCGAGCGAGUCCUUAUGUCGUGCAGCGGAGCAAGUCCUGAGCAGCGCCAGCAGGCGUCAGAGGCGGACGCCACAGCCACAACCUUCCUGGCGAGCGAGCAUCAACAUAUCCGCUACAACCCGCUACAGGAUGAGUGGGUGCUAGUGUCAGCUCACCGUAUGAAGCGGCCCUGGCAGGGGCAAGUAGAGCCCUCCCCUCUGAAAACAGUGCCCCGCCAUGAUCCUCACAACCCUCUGUGUCCUGGGGCCACACGGGCCAAUGGAGAGGUGAAUCCCCACUACGAUGGCACCUUCUUGUUUGACAACGACUUCCCAGCUCUGCAGCCUGAUGCCCCCAAUCCAGGACCCAGUGAUCACCCCCUUUUCCAAGCAGAGGCUGCUCGAGGAGUUUGUAAGGUCAUAUGCUUCCACCCCUGGUCGGAUGUAACACUGCCGCUCAUGUCAGUCCCCGAGAUCCGUGCUGUUGUGGAUGUGUGGGCCUCAGUCACGGAGGAGCUGGGUGCCCAGUACCCUUGGGUGCAGAUCUUUGAAAACAAAGGAGCCAUGAUGGGCUGUUCCAACCCCCACCCCCACUGCCAGGUGUGGGCCAGCAGUUUCCUGCCAGAUAUUGCCCAGCGUGAGGAGCGAUCUCAGCGGGCCUAUCAGAGUCAGCAUAGAGAGCCCCUGCUGAUGGAGUAUGGCCGCCAGGAACUGAUCAGGAAGGAACGUCUGGUCCUAACCAGUGAGCACUGGUUAGUGCUGGUCCCUUUCUGGGCAGUGUGGCCCUUUCAGACACUGCUCUUGCCCCGUCGGCAUGUGCGGAGGCUACCUGAGCUGACCCCUGCUGAGCGUGAUGAUCUAGCCUCCAUCAUGAAGAAACUCUUGACCAAGUACGACAACCUAUUUGAGACAUCGCUCCUGUGGCCCAGCUCAGUGGACGGCAAACCCCAGCAGGCCUUGAAACUCAUGCUGAGGGAAGUGUCCAGAGCAGGGCUGCUGGGGUUAGGCUGCAGAACUAAGGAAGGGCUCUCGCCAGCCAUCUCUGCCUUCUUUCUGUCAGGGGCUCCCACAGGAUCAGAGGCUGGAGCCAACUGGGACCACUGGCAGCUGCAUGCUCAUUACUACCCUCCGCUCCUGCGCUCUGCCACUGUCCGGAAAUUCAUGGUUGGCUACGAAAUGCUUGCCCAGGCUCAGAGGGACCUUACUCCUGAGCAGGCUGCGGAGAAACUAAGGGCACUUCCUGAGGUUCAUUACUACCUGAGGCAGAAGGACAGGGAGACAGCAGCCAUCGCCUGACCAUGCUGACCCCAGAGCUUUCUGCCUGAGAGAACCAGGGCCUAGGGUUUGGGCAGAUGUGGGAUCAAUAAAACUGUACUUCUCAAACUUUAAUCACA